AUGGCAGGCUCGAGCACGAAUGAUCCGGGUCUGGACCAGCGGGUCAGCAUCGCGUUCAUUGUGAUUGAUACUUUUUUCAUUCUGGUGUUCUACGUGAGCAGGUACUUCAAUCCCAAGGCGGUGGGAGUGCCCAUGGUGGUGUGUAAUACGCUGUGUUAUGUGUUUUGUAUGGGGAGUGCGGCGACGGGAAUCUUAAUGGUUACAAUCGGCGGUGCAGGGUACCACGUCCAUGCCGUCCCUGUGACCACAUUUCAGACCUGGCUGCAACUAUCCAAAGUUCUCGAGUUCACCUACACACCCGCCGUUAUGUUCGCCAAGCUUGCCGCUCUAUUCCUCUACUAUCAACUGUUCGAAGUCCCGCGUUAUCGUCGCCUCAUUGCUGGCAUUGGCGUGAUUAUCAUCCUUCAAGGCUUGAUCUCUAUUAUCCUAGCGUUUUCGAUUUGCCGGCCUUUCAAGUACUUCUGGACCCAGGCGGUUGAUGUCAACGAUGGAACUUGUGGAGACGUGAUGCUUUUUUAUAAAAGCUAUAGCAUUCCGAGCCUGGUCACGGAUGUGAUGAUGUUGGUGCUCCCUUGGCCGAUUCUCCUCCAAUUGCAAAUGCGCAAGUCGGAAAAGAUCGGCCUUAUUCUUACUUUUCUGGCUGCUUCGCUGGGCAUAAUAACAUGUGCACUUCGCUUCUCCGUCUUCUUCACCGUCCCGCUCUUCUCGGAUCCGACAUGGUACGCCUCAGGGGGUCCUAUGAUCUAUGCCCUCGUCGAACCCUCCAUCUACAUGAUAGCUAGCAUACUGCCCACCACGCGGCAUCUUUACCGGCGAGUUUGCAGGGAAGUGAGACAGGCUGCACAGCUGCGGAGUGCGAAUAGCAACAGUGGUCCGGAGUGUAGCAGCAGUCAUCCCCAAUCGGCAGAACUCCAGCGUAUCGAAAAGAGUGACAAAAGUAACUGUGGAACCACACGACGGGUGGAUAUCUGGCAGGCAAAUACAAAUUCAAGUCAGGAGGAACUGACGCGAGGGGAAUGGUGCCAGAAUCGGCAUGAGUGGAAUCAGGCUAGCAGACACUUCAUCGCGGAGUCCACCAGAAGAGCGUUCUUCCGCGAGCAGUGGGAUCAUGAAGCACUAGGAAGAUUUGGUCGGUAUUGA